AUGCAAAAAACAUUAAUGGCUCCAACAUUACCAGUUAAUGUCUUCAAGCUUCGUGGUGAAGAAUUUUUUCAACUUGUACAAGAACAAUGUGGUGCUACUAUGGUCCAAAUUUUACGAUACCUCGAGGUGAUGUCGGCUGAUUGCCUUCUUCAUAUUGAAGAUCUUUUUGCUUUUUUCCAUUAUGAUUCACCUGACCUUCUACCCAUAAAAAAGAAAGUUGGAAUUACCCUUAAUGAUGGAAGUUUUAAAGUGAAGGUUGGUCUUUCUAUUCAAGCCAAUAACUUCAUACAAUCUUUAAAAACAUUUCAACAACAAGAAACUUUUUUUUCAUCUACUGAUUUAACUAUUCCUGCUGUUCUUCUCGAUCGAUAUCCUAUUCUUCGACAAAUUGUACCGUUUUUUGUGAAUGAUUCACCAGAACGAAGUGAUACUCGUAUUAAAUUCAAACGCACAUUAAUUAAAACUAUAAUUAUGAAUCACGAUCGAGUGAAAUGUCGUUUUUCCUACGAUUCUUCUAUACGUGAAUUUGCUUCUUGUAUCUUUAUUCUCGGUGGUCGUAACGUGUAUGAAUUCAUUCGUAUCAACAUACCAGGUCUUCUUCCAAGUUUGACUGUAGUUCAGGCUUUGAUCGAUUCUAGCACAAAUAAUCUUCAAGAAGGUGAAUUUAGAUAUGAUGCUAUGUCUGAUUAUCUUUCAUCGAAGAGAUCGAAGUUUGUUUUUGCUGCCGAAGAUUGUACUUCUGUUAUACCAAAAAUAACAUAUAACGUUCAGUCAAAUACUUUUACUGGUUUUACACCACCACUGAAGGAUGGUCUACCACAAAUCAAUACAUUUUCUACUGAAUCGUUUUCGGAACUCGAACAUUGGUCUUCUACACUUGACAUAUCCAAUCUUCUAAAUGUCCAUAUGAUUCAGCCAAUCACUGUAGCAUCUAAUUCUUGUUCUCCAUUUUUGUUGUCGGCUUAUGGCACUGAUAAUCGUUUUAUCACCGAAGACAUCAUACUUCGAUGGGUGAACAUGGUCGAUGAAUGUGUUAAAAGGGAAAUAAAUUUAGUUGGAUUUGCAACUGAUUGCGACUCUCGGUAUUUACGCUCAAUGCGUCUUUUAAUGGGAUUUUUUGCAACUAUGUCAAAUCAGAAAUUUCAUCAACGCAAAAAUGCUUUUCAUGUAAACAUUCCUCCAGUGAGUUACAUCUUUUAA